UUCAAAUAUGUAUUUUGGGAAUUAACAUUCAAAAUUUCCUUUCAGUUUUCGGAGACCCAACAAAAUUCAACAAAUAAUCCGAAAAUGAUGUCCAACAGCAACUGGUACAAGUGGAUCGAUGUGGACUACAACAGCGCGCCGCGGAAGCUAACCAAAAAGCCAGAGACUAUUCCUCGCUGCGAUCAGGUGGGCGCCCAGAUAAGAGCCAUCCUAUUGGAGCAGGACGCCAACCUGCCGGGGUUUAGUCGCAAGCAGGCCGGCCUGGACAGCCAGAAGCGGAAGAGCAACAAAUUUAGGCUAACGAAAAUGACGCCCCGUGUCUACAAAUUUCAAGAUAUCUACGAGAAGCACAAGAAGGAGCUGCGCAAACUGUAUGACAAGUCUAUGCGCACCAAGUACCAGUUCCACAGCCACCCAAUGCCCGACUUUGACCGCUUGCACAGGCGCCUGGAGAGGAGCAGCCUUAGCUUGGCAUCGGGUCAAAAUUUCACCACACCACGCACGCCCCACACUCUGGUCAUGUCCAUGCAGGCCGAGCGGAGGCGUGAGCUUGAAAUGAAGGAAUACAAGAAGAACACGACACCCAAAUUCGUGCCAAAAAUCAAUCGAUAUCCGUUGGCCUAUAUGCACCGACAGCCCUUUGUGCCCCGCAUCGUGUCGUCCAUUAUCCACGCCAAGCCCUUCCAUCUGCGCAGCGAGGAGCGGGGUGUGCGCCGGAAAGUGUUUGAUCAGCAAAUCAACCAGAAGAUGGAGGAGCGCUGUCGAAGAGAGGCCAUGGAAUGGGCCAAACAGCAGGAGAAGGAGUACUUUAAGCAACGCCGGCAGACUGUCUUCAAGGCUAGGCCGAAUCCCUGGAAACGCACAAGGGCACCUGAUGCAAUCAGCCAUCAGUGAUGGCUUCCCUCUAUCCACUUUUAUCAGUUGAUUUCGGUUCAAGCAAUAGAGAGAUUAAUCGACAUACCUGUACAAUAUAUAGACAG